AUGAGCAGGAACCGCAGGUUGAAAUUACCUUGCUUCCGACCAAGGGACAUUUGGCCAUACCCAGGAACUCAGGACAAACAGGGAUCAAACAAACUUCGAGCGGAUGUUUUCAGCGACCACGCGGACAUGCCACAGAACCGGAAGGGGUCUUGUGUCGAUUGGUAUGUGAGAUUCCUCAUUCCUGCACUCGUCACCCUCCCAUUUGCAACAAGGCCACAGACAGCUACCGCCGAACCAUCGCCCCUAUGGCAGGUGAUACGGUCUGCUGAAGUCCCCAGCCUAGCCCAAACGCCAGCAUCAGCCUCAGCAGUCGUUGAUCCUGCCCUAUUCCGUCGCUCAUUCGCCUUGCCUAUUGCAUCGGAGGGCCCUGUUGGAGUCUUGCACCUAUCAGGGAAAACGUGCGCACUGCACCCACUCGUUCCGGCUGGGGUCUAG